AUGAUGCAAGAAUCUGGGACUGAGACAAAAAGUAACGGUUCAGCCAUUCAGAAUGGAGCGAGCGGUGGCAACCAUUUACUAGAGUGCAGCCUGCGGGAAGUGAGAUCAAACGGCGAGACACCUUCAGUUGAAAUUGGGGCUGCAGAUUUAGCACAUCUUCAGCAACAGCAGAUUUUGGAAGAAUAG